AUGGAGGAUCUAAACUCACAUGCAUGGGUGAACGGCCAGUUGAGGACGGGGGAUACUCAACAAGAGCAGUUCAUGGCGCAAAACCUCAAUAAUGAUGUUCUAUCGCAUUCACCAGAAAGGCCUCCCGGGUAUGGUCUGAUGAGCAGAACACUGGUCCAUUCACCUGUCAUCAAACAGAUCAUACCCGCAAGGAUACGGAAUAGAGAGUUGAACGAUGUUGCUUUUAUUGGGGAAACUUUUAUAGAAUUGCAUCUUCUCACAGAUGACGGUAAACUCCGCCAAGUGGGAUCUAAGACUGAUUUUCAGGCGAAUAUUCGACACGCCAGGGUUUUUGGUUCCCCAAGGAAGAAUUUCUAUUCUCCACAAGAUACCAUUUUCAAACAGGAACUGGCGACCCAAUCGCAGGACGACGUGGUUAUGCGUGGAGUUGGAGAAGGCGGGGUAAAUGGUGGAAUAGUAUCAGGAGCGGCGCAAGGAGAUGACUCCAAGCCCUUGUUACCUCCUCAUAUCCUUGCAUUGACUCUGGAUUCGGGGCAUCUUGCGUUCGUGUAUGCCAAAAGCUCUGAGGAGCAGGGUGAGGUCAAUUUUGUGGUAUCGAUGAAGAGAAUCGAUCAGAAGGGGAUCCGCACGGAGACCCUGGGGAAGUCUAUAGCUGUGGAUCCUCGGUAUACCGUUGCCCCCUUACCUUCUCCGAUGAUUGGCCAAUCGAAACUAAUGAACAUAGAUCGAGGGCGUUGGCUGUUGCUGCGUAUCAGGACUCGUUCCGGAUGUACGCUCUCCAUCCUAUCGAGGUACUGGAGCGGCAAUUGCGGGAAGGCCUUCCUCUGA